AUGUUCGCGUCUGUGAUUAAUCUUUUGAAUUUCAUUUUUCCUGUGAUUUUAACUCCAUUUUUCUUUUUUAUACUCGGUCUUGUUUCUCUCGGCUCUAUUGGAAAGUCCUUAGGUGUGCGUAGGGCAUAUGUGAAGCUUCUGGUCAAGAUAUUUGAGUUUGGUCGAAAAACAAUAGAAGCCGAAGGGAAAUGGAAUAUUCAUACACCACCCUUGACAUCAGAAAACAAGGUUGAAUCUAAUGGAACCACUGUUAUAUCAAGGGAAGACCUAAUCUUAGUUCCUGAUCCUGAACAAAACUAUUUAGGAAACAACAAUCUUGAAGUUCCUCAGGAAGAAGAUGACAAAGGUGGAUUGCCAAGGAGACCGUCUUUUGAAACUCUAAAAAAGGGAUUUCAGCUCUCCGAUUGUCUUGAUUAUAUUAAAACAGGCGUUGAAGCAAUUAUUGAAGACCAAGUUACAUCCAGAUUUGAAGCUGAGGAAUUAAAAUCAUGGAAUCUUUUAACCAGAACGAAUAGACAGUAUGAAUUCAUCAGCUGGAAACUUUCUUUUAUAUGGGUCACAGGAUUUUUCAUCAGAUAUUUUUUUCUUCUUCCUAUGAGAAUUCUAAUCUGUUUUUUUGGAGUACUAUGGUUAACAUUUUGUACUGCCAUUGUUGGAUACAUUCCUGAAGGUGCGUUCAAGAGGUGGACUAAUAGAAAGGUGUCGAUUCUCUGUUUUAAUAUCCUUUCUUCUGCCUUGUCAUCAGUUGUCACUUAUCAUAAUCCCCAAAAUAGGCCAAAGAAAGGAAUAUGUGUUGCAAAUCAUACGUCCCCAAUUGAUGCCCUUGUGCUGAUGUGUGAUAAUUCAUAUUCUCUUAUUGGACAGAGGCAUGGUGGUUUCCUUGGUGUUCUUCAAAGAGCACUCGCCAGAUCUUCACCACAUAUUUGGUUCGAGAGGUCUGAAGUAAAAGAUAGGGAAACUGUUGCUGCAAGACUUAAGGAACACGUGUCUGUUGAACACAAUCCACCUAUAUUAAUAUUCCCUGAAGGAACGUGUAUAAACAAUACUUCUGUGAUGCAAUUUAAAAAAGGUAGUUUUGAAGUUGGAAGUGUUGUGUAUCCGGUAGCAAUAAAAUAUGAUCCAAAAUUUGGUGAUGCUUUUUGGAACAGCAGUCGAUACUCCAUGAUGCAAUAUCUUUAUUUGAUGAUGACAUCUUGGGCAAUAGUUGCUGAAGUUUGGUAUCUUCCACCUAUGACACAAGAGGAAGGCGAAACGGCGAUUGAUUUUGCUAACAGAGUAAAGGGAGUAAUAGCCAAACAGGGAGGCCUCGUAGACCUGAUGUGGGAUGGUCAAUUGAAGAGGAUGAGAGCAAAAAAAGAAUGGAUGGAGAAACAACAAGAGGAGUUUAGUAAAAGAUUGAAAGUUGAGUAA